AUGUCACUGAUGCAGACCUGGGGGCCUGAUAUGUCACUGGUACAGACCUGGGGGCCUGAUAUGUCACUGAUACAGACCUGGGGGCCUGAUAUGUCACUGAUACAGAUCUGGGGGCCUGAUAUGUCACUGAUACAGACCUGGGGGCCUGAUAUGUCACUGAUACAGAUCUGGGGGCCUGAUAUGUCACUGAUACAGACCUGGGGGCCUGAUAUGUCACUGAUACAGACCUGGGGGCCUGAUAUGUCACUGGUACAGACCUGGGGGCCUGAUAUGUCACUGAUACAGACCUGGGGGCCUGAUAUGUCACUGAUGCAGACCUGGGGGCCUGAUAUGUCACUGAUGCAGACCUGGGGGCCUGAUAUGUCACUAGUACAGACCUGGGGGCCUGAUAUGUCACUGAUACAGACCUGGGGGCCUGCAGAUAUGUCACUGGUACAGACCUGGGGGCCUGAUAUGUCACUGAUGCAGAUCUGGGGGCCUGAUAUGUCACUGAUGCAGACCUGGGGGCCUGAUAUGUCACUAGUACAGACCUGGGGGCCUGAUAUGUCACUGAUACAGACCUGGGGGCCUGAUAUGUCACUGGUACAGACCUGGGGGCCUGAUAUGUCACUGAUACAGACCUGGGGGCCUGAUAUGUCACUGAUACAGACCUGGGGGCCUGAUAUGUCACUGGUACAGACCUGGGGGCCUGAUAUGUCACUGAUACAGACCUGGGGGCCUGAUAUGUCACUGAUACAGACCUGGGGGCCUGAUAUGUCAUUGAUACAGAUCUGGGGCCCUGAUAUGUCACUGGUACAGACCUGGGGGCCUGAUAUGUCAUUGAUACAGAUCUGGGGCCCUGAUAUGUCACUGAUACAGACCUGGGGGGCCUGA